AUGCGAAGAGGAAGUGAGAUCGCGAGAUCGCAGAAACAGCGGAUGUGCGGAGGUCGAGUGGUACAAGACUGCGGAACAACUGCACUCUGCAACACUCUGUCGACCUCUCCCUGCCUGCUGCCCGAUCGUCGAUCAUCAGAAAAAUCCCUCGGGCUGUCCGAUUGCAUGCUCUCGAGUAGGUUUUCCUUUUCGGCUCAGUGGGCACUCACCUCCACAUCGCCGCAUGCAUGCGGGAUGCAGCAAGAUCUCUUGGAUGCAGAUGCGAGGCUUCGCAGCAUCAAUUGGCAUCUCUCCUUCGAUGAGAAGGCCUGGCGGGCUGUCCAUGCCUCCUUGUUCUCCAUGCUCCUUUGGACAUUGACUGUGCAGAUCAUCCUUCGGCAAGCAAGGAGCGCGGCUCAUUCCCUUCAGCCUGGGUUUGACAAACAAGCUCCACACGCGUGCGGAAUCUUCUGGAGUGGGACGAGCAAGUGCAUUCCCGUAUCUCGUGUUCAUCGUGCAAGCAACAUCCACGGCCCGGGCUCUGUGCUCCGCCCGUCGCAGUGGACGAAGACUCCAUUUGUCAUCGUCGAGCAUACAUCGCGAUCUCGUCUUCGCGCCGCAGGCCCAGCAACAAAUUGUCGCGGGGUUGUGCCCUCGUCUCGAGGAGCAUGGCUCAUUUUCUUUAGCCUGGGUUUGACAAGUGGGCUCAACAUGCGCGCGGGACCUUCUCGAGUGGGACGAGCAAGUGCAUUCCAUUCUUCUGUGUUCCCUCUACGGCCCAAUUCGGCGAUGAUUAUAUAG